CUAAAGGCAGGUCAUAUGACCGUAGACAUACAAAACAAGCGCUAAAUUAAGGUGGAUUAGUACAUUGAUACCGGGUACCGUACCGGAAUCUGCUGGCGGAAUAGAUAAUGGCUCUCACAUUCACAGUCUUGGCUAUUUUGCUGCAGUCCUUUAUUGCUCCAGUAAGAUUGUGUGAAAUACCAGAUGGAAAUAUAAGAUUAAUUCAGUCCCUGAAUCUCAAACUUCUGAGGAGCACACUUGAUAGCUCCAAUGAGAUCAAUCCUAGUGUCUAUGUUGGACUUAGACUUUCUGAAGAUCACAACCUUCAAACAGAGGCCAUCUACCUCCGAAGGCUGAAAGCUUCAUUAGAUGCCAUUACUAGCAGUGCAAAGACUGAUAAAGAAGAACCGCAAACAGGCAUACUCGCUCUCUAUUUGAUGGCCCUGAAGUCUUCCUGUGAGGACAUGGACACACCAGAGAGAAGGAAGUUAAUUACAGAUCUUAAACUGCAGCUUCAUGAAGAAAAGAGGCACCUGGUAUCCACGGGCAGACCUCUGUCAAACUACUACCAAUACAGCCUGGGUAUCCUGGCUAUGUGCGUCAAUCACAAGAAAGUGGAUGUGCGUUUAAUUCAGAAACUCCUACAUGCUGAAGAUGAAGAUAAAUUUGUCCAUGGAGAUAAUGUCUCUAUUGAUACAGAGGCAAUGGCUGGCCUAGCCUUCCUAUGCCUGAAGCGUUCUGGCCAAUACUCAUCUGAACUCAUCAGACAUCUUAACAAAGGUGCGAAGAGUGUAAAACAAAGGAUUCUGGCUUCCCAAGACCUUCAGGGCUCUUUGGGAAAUAUUUAUAGCACACCCCUUGCUGUUCAGUUCCUCACGGCUAUAGGUUAUUCAAAAGAAAACGAAACUUGCUCCGCAGCAGUUGAUGCUCUGUUAGAAGCGAUGAAGCAAGGAAAGUUCACCAAUCCUAUGAUGAUGUCACAGUUAAUGCCUGUCUUACACAAGAAAUCGUACCUUGAUGUUUCUAAGGUAGACUGCAGAGAGAGCAUUGAUAACCUGUUUAUAAGCCCCAGUUCUGGUAUCCUGCCUGAGGUCCCUGUGGGAGAAGACCUAAUCCAUGUUCAGCUCGUUGUGGAAGAACCCUCAGGCCAGCAGUUCACCCAGAGCAUUGGUGUCCCAUCACGCUCUUCACUCCUGAACAUCCUGAAAACCGCAGAAGAACACAACCCAAAUUUCACGUUUGAAAUAAAAGAUUCGUUAUAUGGGCCUUUCCUGACCACAGUGAAUGGAGUCAAAAGCUCAACAGAGGACAGAACAUACUGGCAGCUUCUGAAGGACCCCAACGUUUCUUUGAUUGAAGGUAUUGCUGAUUACCGACCCGAGGAUGGUGAGAUAAUCAUCCUUCGCCUCAGCAAAUGGUAACAUGAAUCACUCUGGAUCUGAGACCUGCACAAUGUAUCAAUGGCAAUUUAUAGAUCAAAGUGAUCGCUCUGUACUAACACAGCAUUUCAACUUUCUAAAAUGACAUUAAUACAUUCUCUUCAAAUCAAGUAUAUAUAUAUAUAAAAAAAACAAAAACCUGUGAAAGUUGCACUGUUUGUCACUUUUGUAGCAUUGGUUUUCAGCUCCAGAUCUGCUAAGUGGGCAUGCAUGUCCAUUAAAACAUGACCAUGGGGCUAAUCCUGUUGAGAACUGUCAAUCAAAAUAACUCCUUUUAACUCAGGGAUAUACUUACUCCUGUAGGCAGAUUGUAUGCGAUAACUGAUAAGCUUCUUUUUCUUUUUGUCAUACAGAUGUUUUAGUCCAUGUCUUGCACACGGAAUUACAUCUGUUUUUAAUAAACUUUGCACUGAACCACUUGUAAACACCAAA